AAGUUGAUGAAGGACCGUAAUACAGGGGAAUGUUAAUUGUAGGAUACAGGAAGUUGUGAAACAUGUUAUUAUGGGUUGUCCCAGGUUCAGGCGGGAGAGGGAGUUAUUUAAAAAUACAGUUCAAAGCGGUGGAGUGAACUUUAAUUUAACGGAGGUGUUGGAAAAAGCUCAGGGAAAUUAUAGGAUACAGAGCACUUAAAGGGUUUUUAGAGAGUACAGGACUGAGCAAAACAACAUAAAGUGAACUGAGUGAUGUUAUUUUAAUAUAGCAGUAGUGGUAAGCCGUUCUGAUCCACAAUCCAGUCUAGAAGGUGGCGGUAAUGUACCUAAAGGUGUUUGCCAAAUGCCAGUAAACAGAAGAAGAAGAAGUAGCAGCAGAACAAGAUAAAGAAGAAGAAGAAGAAGAAGACCACGCUGCUGCUCGGUGCUGUGGUGUUUACAUAUCCCGCUGUCGACCGUAGGACUUUCGCGCCCCGGGAGCGCCAGCUAGUGCCAGCUCGAGCCUGCAGGCCGGGAACGCGACGGAGUACUGCGGUACUAAGGAAGUCACCGUUGUAGCUGCAUUAGACAACUUCAGGGGACGGUGCCAUGACCGAGAGACGUAUAUCGAGGUGGUAUUUCGGUGGACUGGCGUCCUGCGGAGCCGCCUGCUGUACGCAUCCUCUGGAUCUCGUCAAGGUUCACCUGCAGACACAGCAGGAGGUGAAGAAGAGGAUGAUGGGGAUGGCCGUUCAUGUGGUGAAGAAUGAUGGGGUGCUGGCUCUUUACAACGGCCUCUCUGCCUCCCUUUGCAGACAGAUGUCAUAUUCCCUCACCAGAUUUGCUAUCUAUGAAACAGUGAGGGACAUGAUGGGCAGCACAAACCAGGGCCCCAUGCCCUUCUACCAGAAGGUCCUGCUGGGUGCCUUCGGAGGUUUCACUGGUGGGUUUAUCGGCACGCCGAGCGACAUGGUGAAUGUCAGGAUGCAGAAUGACAUGAAGCUACCACCAGAACUGAGGAGAAACUACAAACAUGCCAUUGAUGGGCUUUUCAGAGUCUUCAGAGAAGAGGGUGUGAGGAAACUGUUCUCAGGAGCCACCAUGGCCUCCAGCAGAGGGGCGCUGGUCACCAUAGGACAGCUGGCGUGUUAUGACCAGGCCAAGCAGCUCGUGUUGGGUACAGGGAUGAUGGGGGAUAACAUACUGACACACUUUCUUUCCAGCUGUAUUGCUGGAGGCUGUGCCACGUUCUUGUGUCAGCCUCUGGACGUACUAAAGACGAGGCUGAUGAACUCAAAGGGAGAGUACACAGGAGUGAUACAUUGCCUACGAGAAACGGCCAGGCUGGGUCCCCUGGCAUUUUACAAGGGUCUCGUCCCCGCAGGGAUCCGCUUGGUUCCCCACACAGUGCUCACCUUCAUCUUUCUCGAGCAGCUCAGGAAAUACUUCGGCAUCCGCAUCAUCGCCUGAAGAUGCUCUGCAGCUGUCCACUCCUCACCCCCGCCCCCACCCCAACCCCUCAAUCGGUCUUUAUGCUCUGUAUGACUUUCAAAAUGAGAAGCCAAGAAAGGAAGUCGUGUACAGUUCUAACGGCUUGUACAUACCUUCCUUUUCCUUUUGCUCUCCCUUUGUCUCAUAGCUAGAUGCUAAAUGAUUUUGAUGAGUAAGAGCAGCGACUGCUGGAAAGGAUAAAUACUGGAACAACAGAUGAUUCCUAAUCAGUAUAGAUUAAACGUCUGAUACUAAGAAAGAAGCUGCUACCACCUAUAAAUGUGCUGGUGGGGAUUCAUUAGAAUGACCUGCCAUCUUAAGAGUGAACAUUUAAAAUGACCUCUAGCAGAUGUUUAAUGUAGCUGUCUUUAGUAUUUAGGUGCACUUAAUUACAUGAGGGGACGAGACAUGUUCAGGUUGCUGCUGGCACACCAGUGUAAUAACACUUGUACAUAUUGUGGCUUAACACUGUUGUUGUCAUAUCAGGCCAGGCCAGUGCUUGUAAUUUAACAUAAGUAAAAUAAACACCGUGAGGUCUUGUCAUCAGUGCCCUACUGACCAGUCUAUAAUAGCCCACACCAUCCAUUGCUAAAAGAUGACUGAGCAAGCUGUUAUGUAAUUACAGUAAUCAUUCCCUACAGUGGUGACCAAAUGUGAUUUACAGUUGAUUUAUUUGUUUGCCUUCUUACCACCUAAUUGUUUUUGGGCUGGGAAUCAUUAGCUUUUACCUGGUACUUCUUUACUCUAUUCCUCUCAGAUUGAUCGGAGAAGAGUGCCAAGCUUGUUUAUCUUUUGUUCUUAAGCAUGAAGGGAGUUUGUGGGGAAACUGGGAAGCUGAGAGCGCAGACUGGGAGUGGCUCUUUUAAGUUUUCCAGUCUCAGUUAAAUUGCUUACAACCACUUGAUCUCUUAAAGUUCUUCCUGUUUGAGUAGAGAUGCCUGUUGAGCAGCCUAAGUACAUGUACCAUUUCCAUCUGUAUUGUUACUGUGUGGUCCAGCUAAAUGCAUGUCAGACUUUAUGACUCAGGAUGUUAUGCUGUUGUAUAAGGCACUUUAUGAAAAACCCCUGAACUCGUACUGACUAACCUGCUGCGUCAUAACACAUACACUACACUAAAACAUGUUCUAAAGUUAAAAAUGGAAAUGCUGUGACUUUAAUUCACGAUUCCCUUUGAGGAUGUUUUGUGGCUCUUGUCACUCGGUGUCUCAUGAUAAGUUUGCUUUUGGCUCAGUGAAAUCAAGCUUUCUCUGUGCUGUGCUUGCUCUUGUACAGACCAGCAGUGUUGCCUUACCGUUUCUGCCCUGCAGGGGGCAGAGUAGUAACGUGUGAGGUAUCCUCUGUCACACAUUCUGCAGUCCUGCACCUGCAUCCCAGGACACAUUGGAAAAACAGAAAGCUUCAUGUUCAGAGCAGCCUGAGAGCAUGACCAUGUGUGCCUGCGUGUUCUUAUGUUCAGGGGUUGGGCAGUGUGAUGUAUUGUACUCUGAUUCAGCCAAUGUUAUGUUAACAACUUUAUUCACAGUGGUGGAAAUUAAGUAAUUUACUCAAGUCCUGUACUUAAGUACAAUUUUAAGGUAUCUGUACUUGAGUAUUUUCAUAUUCAGUUACUUCAUACUUUGACUUAACU